UUCCAAAUAACUGGGGAAAGUGUCGCAUCACCCUUGCCCCAUAUUUACGCAUAAUAAAACAUCCCGCACAUUAACUGUGAUUUCAUUCACGUCUGAUACUCAUGCUGCAAAGUCUCAUAGUCAAACAAGCGUCCAAAAUGCCUGUCAACUACAGUGGAACAUGGGAUAUUGUCAGUAAUGUCAAUUUUGAGGGUUAUAUGGUCGCACUUGGCAUUGACUUUGCAACACGCAAGAUUGCCUCUCUACUGAAGCCUCAGAAAGUGAUUAAGCAAGAUGGAGACAAUUUCACAAUCCACACUUUCACCACGUUCAGAAAUUACGAGUGUUCAUUCAGAACUGGGGAGGAGUUCAAAGAGGUAACGAAGGGAAUGGACAACCGAUCAUGCCAGAGUGUGGUCAAUUGGAGAAAUGACAAGUUGGUGUGUGUUCAGAGGGGAGAAAAAAGAAACCGGGGCUGGACUCACUGGAUUCAGGGAGACGAGCUUCAUCUGGAGCUUACAUGUGAAGAUCAAGUUUGCAAGCAAAUUUAUAAAAAGACCCAGUGAGCUUGCCCUUUAAUAUUGUCUAAUACUUCAUGUGUGUUUCCACUGAAUGAGCUGAUACGAAUUGAAAAUGCCAUACUUAAUAAAGAUCAGAUUGUCUA